AAUUAUCAAUAUGAGCACAUCUUUAAGUGAAACUGUUUUCAGUGAAAAUGAAUCAAUUCGUACAUUUCAAGAAUAUUUACGAAUUCCAUCGGUUCAACCCAAUGUCGAUUACAGUGAAUGUAUAAAUUUUUUUAAAAGACAAGCUAAUAUAUUAAAAUUACCACUUAAAAUACACGAACCUGUACCAAAAAAACCAAUUGUAAUUAUAUCAUGGUAUGGAAAUGAACCAGCUCUUCCCAGUAUUCUUUUGAAUAGUCAUAUGGAUGUAGUUCCCGUUUUUGAGAACAAAUGGACUUAUCCACCAUUUAGUGCUCAUAUUGACAUAAGAGGGAAUAUUUUUGCAAGAGGAUCUCAAGAUAUGAAAUGUGUUGGAAUCCAAUAUUUAGAAGCAGUUAAACGGUUACGGAAAGCUAGUUAUUCCUUACGUCGGACAAUCCAUUUUUCAUUUGUACCAGAUGAAGAAAUAGGAGGUUAUGAUGGUAUGCAAAGUUUCGUGAAAACAGCUGACUUUCGAGCGCUAAAUAUAGGCUUUGCGUUGGAUGAAGGCAUGGCAAAUCCAACUAAUGACUAUGUUUUAUUCAAUGGUGAACGCUUUGGUUGGAAUAUUUUAGUCAGAUGUCCUGGAACACCAGGCCAUGGUUCGUUAUUGUUACCUAACACAACUGGUGAGAAAUUGCACAAAAUCAUCGAUAAAUUCAUGACAUUCCGAGCUAAAGAAAAAGCUCGUUUGGAAAGUAAUCCAAAAUUAUCAAUAGGCGAUGUGACAUCUGUUAAUCUUACAAAACUUUUCGGGGGAGUUCAAAAUAAUGUUGUGCCACCAGAGCUAAGUGCUAUGUUCGAUGUACGUAUGGCAUUAACUUUGGACGAAGUUGCCUUUGAAAAACAAAUUUUGCAAUGGUGUAAAGAAGCUGGCGAAGGAGUUACCAUUGAAUUUAAAAGAAAUAAGCGAGUUCCUGUAACAUCUUUAGACAAUACAAACCCAUGGUGGAUAGCUUUUAAAUCUGUUACAGAUGAACUGAAAAUGAAUUUAAAACCGCUAAUAUUCCCCGGCGGAACAGAUAGCCGAUAUAUAAGACAGGUGGGAUUGCCUGCGAUAGGAUUUUCUCCAAUGAACAAUACCCCUGUGCUGUUACAUGAUCACAACGAGUUUUUAAAUUCGGAUGUAUUUCUACGAGGAAUUGACUUUUAUGAAAAACUAAUUCCUGUAUUAGCGAAUAUUGAAGAGCGUUAGAUUAGACCCAACCCAAAUAUUC